AUGGUUGUUAACCAGUAUGCUAAACAAAAUGCUAAGGAAAACACUGAAAUACGUCGUAAACCAAAGUUGAGGCCUUUCUCCGCCGGCGUCGUCGAUACCAAGAAACGAGAAGCCGCCAAAGUUACAAAGCACUUAACAAACUCACCUAAAAAGGCAGCUGCGGUAAAUUGUAAACAUUCAAAUAUAUUGGAAGAGUUAAAAGAUACUACAGAACGAGCGAAAGGCCUAGAACUAGCUAAUGUACAACUCAACGAUGAUAAUAAGAUGUUAAGAAAAAAACUGGAUCAAAUCAGUGAAGAUAAACACGUGGCUGAAUUGAAAUUAGCCGAAUGUGAAAAGUUUAUUAGUCGACUUAGUAAAGAAUAUGAACAUAGAAAUACGGAAUUAAAAUCUAUAAAAGGAAACGAAAAUAAGUUAUUAGCAGAAAUAAAUAAAGAACGCAAUGACAGGAAAAAUUUGACUAUACAGCAUGAAAAAGAUGUCGUUGUGAUACAAGACCUACAGAGACAAGUGAAAGAAAUGGAAAUGAUUUUAAGAAGAAAACAUCCUGAUUCUGUUUCGGCAUUAAUAGUGGCUUCAAAGUCGUCUAGCGUAGAAGACAAUAAGAAAAAGUUAUUAGAAGAGCGUAUUGCUAGACUUGAACAAGAACUAAAAGAUAAAGAAAACCAUUUCCAGGGUAUAUUACUGACACUGCAAGAAAAAUUUGGAGAUAUGAAACAAAAAUACGAAAACCACAUUAUAGACGUAGAAAGGCAGUUGAUGGAGGAUCGAAAAGUCAAUACGAAUUUAAAAAAUAAGUUAAAUAGGACUAAUAUUACUGAUUCUGCAGCCCAGACUGUGGAUCCACAUACCCACACAGUUUCGACACAGACUGUUUUAAAACCAGACAGAUCGUCAUCAGCAGUCAGUAGGCUUUCGCAGAAUUCAGCUUUGCUUUUGAAUAGAUUAAAGGAGGAUAGUUACUUAGUCGCUACCAUAAAAGUGCUUUUAAACUUAAAUCCACAAAAGAAGCAUGCUUAUAAAAGUAAAUCGACGGAGAAUAUCCUGGCUCGGAUGAACACGGAAAUGGAGGCGGAACUGUCGGAAAUAAGGAAACAAAAGGAUGUGUUAGUACAAGAACGAAACACUUUACUCGACUCGCUUAAACGUACGAACGAAGAAUUUAUAUUAUUGAAAAAGAAACGUAUUCAAGACCUUCAUACUUUACAAUUGGCCCACGAAAAGGAGUUGAUGCAGAUGAACAUGCAGGUUUAUCCUUUGCAAGAAGAGAUCAAGCUUCUCAAUAGAACGGUUGAGAUACUGCAGGAACGCUUGCGAAGUGCUGACGAUAAGCUGCUGAGUUAUCAGGCUGGCAUAAACCAUGUAUAUGCUGGGGGAGAUACUCCUAAUACUACGAAUAAAAAGGAUACCCGCUAA